CGUAAGCACGGCGUACGUUAUCACAAAGGAAAAGAUGGCGUCGGUAGCAGAAAUGUACGAUGUAGGAUGGGAAGAGAUGAGAGAUAAGCUGCGGAAAUGGCGAGAAGAUAACUACAGAAACAGUGAACAGAUUGUGGAUGUUGGUGAAGAACUCAUCAGUGAACAUGCAUCUAAACUGGGAGAUGACAUAUGGAUUAUUUAUGAGCAGGUGAUGAUUGCAGCCCUGGACUGCAGUCGGGAUGACUUGGCUCUGACCUGUCUACAGGAACUGAGGAAGCAGUUUCCAGAUAGCCACAGAGUGAAGCGAUUAACGGGCAUGAGGCUGGAAGCUUUGGAAAGGUACGAUGAGGCCAACAAGCACUAUGAUGCCAUUCUCCAAGACGACCCCACCAAUACGGCAGCAAGGAAGCGCAAGAUCUCCAUACUGAAGGCCCAGGGGAAGAGCACUGAAGCCAUCCGGGAGCUCAAUGAGUAUUUGGAGCAGUUUGUUGGAGACCAGGAAGCAUGGCAUGAGCUGUCAGAGCUCUACAUCAACGAACAUGACUAUGGAAAAGCUGCAUUUUGCCUGGAGGAGCUGAUGAUGAUCAAUCCUCACAAUCACUUGUACUGUGAGCAGUACGCUGAGGUGAAGUACACUCAGGGGGGGCUGGAAAACCUGGAGCUGUCCAGGAAGUAUUUUGCCCAGGCGCUGAGGCUGAAUAACCGAAACAUGAGGGCAUUGUUUGGUCUGUACAUGUCUGCAAGUCACAUCGCUGCCAGUCCUAAAGUUAGUGCCAAGGUGAAGAAGGACAACAUGAAGUAUGCUGCUUGGGCUGCCACUCAAAUAAAUAGAGCCUAUAAGUUGGCUGGUCGUGGGACCAAGGAGAACAAAUGCUCCAUGAAGACGGUGGAGGAGAUGCUGGAGUCGAUGCAGAUCACAAUGUCCUAGACGCCCUUGUGUACAUCGGUCCUUGGAGCAACAUGGCAGCUCAAGUAGCCUUGCAAUGUGACCAGAGUGGUUGUAGAAAUUAUUAUUUUUUUAAUCAGGUUCGGUUCUGUAAGAGGACAUUUGUUAUGCUCAAACACAUUGAUUUUGCCACCUGCCUGGGAGUUAAAUCCACAUAUUUCAAAAUGACUAACAAACAUACAAAGUGUCUCCUGGACUGUACUAACCCUCCCAUUUCUAGGUUCUUUUAAGUUCAGCUAAUAUCACUAAUUACUACAUUUGCAUUAAUGAUAUGACUGUAACCAGGAGAAAAACAAGCUGUACAGUAAAUGUUAUUUUUAAGAGAUCCCACAUGUCUGCACUGAUGUCUGCUACUGUCUGUUUCCAUUCUAUCUGUAAAUGAAAAAAAAAAAAACUAAUUUAAUAAACCAACUGUUCCCCCCCCCUAUUUUAUUUUAUUUUUGUUAAAUCUUUUAACGUGUUUUCAUAGAAGUUGAGUAUAAAUUUUCUACCCAUCUGUGUCAGUUUAAGAGCAGGAUACGUAGGUUGUUUUUGGAUUUCUGUUUGUUGGCAAAUUUGCACCUGCAAUAAUUGUCCUGGACAAUUUAAGAAGGGCAUCUGUCAUUAAGGCAGCAGCAGGAUCAGAGGUAUGACAUAUUCCACUGCUUCUCAGUUACCCCUCUGAACAGCAUUUGAAACAGCUUUAAUACACUUGCGAUUAACUCUGUCAUUAACAUGUGGCAUCUUGUUAAAAACAAAAAACAAACUGUUCAUAAAGAGAGUGCAUUCAUAAGAGGAAGGGAAGAAAAAACAUCUUAGUUCUGGUAAGUUUUGUUACUUCUGCCGUUCACUCAGUUCACUCAGUUCUGUGAUGGUUGAAUGUGAAUCCCAUCCAAAUGUGCACCUCAAGUUGUUGCUCACCCGUGCGGGGUCAGCUGUUACUUCCAUUUCUUUUGUUUAUUAAGUCAAGGCAAUUGUCUCAUAAUUUCACUCUUCGGCGGAUGGAAAACUUGAGUGUCGAGUUUAUGGUCUUUUUUUGGACAGCGUUUAAGCUGAGAGAGUAACUAGCCCAGAGAUGGGAGUGUGGAAAGCCAUUUUCUCAAGUUUUUAAUACUCUCUGACCUUGGUCAGUGGAUGAACGUGUUUGCAUUUGAUUUUUCUCACCAAUCUGAUGGAAUCGGUAAAAACCAAGGGACAUUUGAGAAAAUGCGGACAUGAAUUCUUUUUUACAGGAAAAGCACUGAGGCUAAAUUGAACUCUUGUAGUUGCACAAUUGGAGUAAUUUGAUUUGAAGCUCUGUGUGUGUGUGUGUGUUUUUUUUUUUUGUUUUUUUUUUUUUUUUUGGGGGGGGGGGUGUUAUGUUUAAUGCUCCCAUGCACCCAUGUAAAUAUUUCAGUACUUCAGAAGGUCAUUUAUGAACUUAUAAAAGCUGAAUAAAGGUUGUCAAUCAGUG